CUCAAAACCAGUGAAAAUGCGACGCGGCGCGGUUCGUACGCGUGUCACGUUAGACCUUUAUAUAGUUUUAUAACUUAAAAAUAUAGUUUUUAAAUGAAAAAUGAACGGAUAAAUGUAAAUCUUUGUUUGUCAGUGAGUGAACGACCGUGCGCCGUCCGUGUGACAUGUGUUCCAUUUUAUAAAAUCAGUUUCGAAAUUCGAAAUAGUUGUGUGGUGUGCAAAAGUUGUGCUGUUACACGAAAACAGGAUUUUGUGAUUAUUUAAAACCUUUAUGCAUCAACAAGUUGUGAAAGAUGUCGCUAGGUGACGUGACAUCAGCUCGCAGCUCGCCGGCACCAGAAGCCUGCCCUGAAUGCGACACUAGCGCCUCCGUCACUUCUGAUUUACAUAAGUACCAAGUAGCAUGUACGUGCAAGCCAUCGUCAGCGCAGUACGCAUGCGCGGAUGACCCCGGCCCCCCCGCGCCCGCGAAGACUGACACCCCACCCGCGCUACCCCCCCGUCCUCCCACCAGCGUACUAGCAGCUACCAACCGGAGGAACAAUACAUCAGUUGGUUGCAAUGGUAAUGACGGUACGUGCCGGCGUCGGAAGUACGCGUGGUGGUGCGUGGGGUGCGGUGCGCUGGCGGCGGCGCUGGGCGGGCUGCUGGCGGCCCAGCACAUACUACUGCGGGCCUACACCGCCUCGCCGCAGCAUCUGGAGACUGUUCCCGCUGCUGUACCUGCUGCUAUGUUGGUGCUAACCGGCGUGUGCAUCAUGAGCCUGGCGCGCCGUCGAAACAGAUACAGCUAUAUGGUAAGAAAAAUCAAAGUGGUGGGAGCUUGCUGCCUAGUUUGUGCGUUGACGUGUGUCCUGGUCACCAUCACCACCACCGUCAUACAUAUGAACAAACUACAAACGCUGAAAUUUUGCGAGUACACGAAGCUGACUCGAACCUGCACCUGCUUCUCAAUGCCUCCGGACUCGCAACAUAGUUCAGCCGAUGACGAAGGAGUACGCUGCGUAUUCGAAGGCGUAUCGGAGUGUGGCGUAGUGCACGGCGCGCUGUACUGGUGUCUCCGCGGCGUAUUCGCGUUGUCAGUCAGCGCUGUGCUCGUCUGCAUCUUCAGUUGCAUGCUGGCUUACCAGUUGCUUAGCCAUGAACGUAAGAAGAUGUAUUGGGAGCAAUUGGAGCUGCGUUGUAGAUCGUUGUACCGACCUUCUGCAGGACAGGCAGCGCCGUCUGCUGGAAGACAAGUUCAGAGCAACUGCAGUUGUUGUGCGCAGUGUCACCCGACACAGCCCGCGUGGGAUAUAAGUCUACAACACAGAUUUUGGGCGCCAGGUCGUAUAGGCAACCUGUAUUCUCCCAACCCUGGUACAGGCAGGAAGACGUCAGCGUGGAGCUGGUUCCCUUGGCCCAGGAGUAACAGUCAGAAUUCCCGCUGCAGAAUGGGCGUGCCCCAAUCAGGAGACAGUGCGUAUGGAUUUUGCGAAACGGAAGCUGCGCAGACGCAACAGACGCAAGGAUAUGACGACAGAUACCCUCACUCAUUUAACCAAACUCCGUUCAACAGAGCGCAAACAUCAGGAACGUUUGCGCAAAUACAAGGAAACUUUGCGCAAGGCUCUGGGAAUUUUGUUCAGGGUCAAGCUAACUUCCCCCAGCCGAGUUUCUCCCAGGAAGGGUUUGGGGAAGCGAGCGGUAGCUUCGACGCGGCCACCGGAGUAUGGGGACCUCCGCCGCCGUAUAGUCCACAGGGACGGAGUGCCCUCGAAUCCAUCGAGAGCCGUGCCAAGAAGCUCAUCAAUUACGAUUCGCUUGUGGAAGCUCGGCUACAAAGCCUCGAACACAAGCGCAAAGUCACAAGCCUUUCGGAUACAUUUCGACAUCACCUCCACCACCAAGACCCCGCAGCCGCCACUCUCCUCCAUCACCAUCACAUGGAGCAUCGUACCAACAUCCACGAACAUCCAUCCAACAUCCAACCUCAUACAUGCGCUAGAAACAGCUACUUAAUGCAUCAAAACCUACCCCCAACCGAAUUGAGCCGAAUAAACCCCGACUUAACACGAAUAAACCCAGAAUUAGCUCGAAUGAACCCAGAAUUGGCUCGAAUGAACCCGGAAUUGGCUCGAAUAAAUCCAGAAUUGGCGGAAUUUGCUCGAAUAAAUCCGGAAUUGGCUCGAAUGAAUCCGGAAUUAGCUCAUAUGGGGCAGAUGUAUCCACAGGAUAUAGCUGAAAUGGCUCGUUUGCAGGCGGAAUUGGCCCAUAUGCCGCCUGAAGCGAGGUUUAACACGUUAAGGGGCCACUUAGUGCCGUAUAGGUGUCAGAGGUUGGGGAUGAGCGCUAGUAACUUGCACAGAGAUUGCAGGAUUGAUGAUACCGUCGCUAUUGAGUGCUUGCAUCAGAAAUCUGCGAGUAAAGAUCAAAGUUCUGACUCUUGUCAGAAGCAAGGAAAAGAGAAUUUGGGGUUCCAGAAUGAUAAGCAUUCUCCUAUCAGAUCAUCAAUGCAAGACUGUCGCGCCGCCAACCAGAAUGCGGAGUCCGAAGUAUACUUCGCAGACGUCUCUAGUUGCUGCAAUGUGUCUGUUAAAGCCGAAUGCUGCAUGAACGCCAACGUAUCAGCCCUAGUAGGCACCAUUGAAAACCAUCCAGAGUCUACAUCGGAGUCCGACACAGGCUCCUUCACCCUCACGCGACAACAGCGCCCCCAACCGCAAGUCGGGUCCAAACGAAGACCACGACAAACUGAGAAACACAUUAAAAAUCAAGAAAAAAUGAGACAAGUGCUAAAUAACUCAAUAAGAUUGACCGAACAUCAAAUUGAACAGCUCAAUAAUUCUAUGAGAAUGAACGAAAGAAUGGAACGUGAACGAAUGAAUGAGACCAGGUUGAGUGAACGUAUGAAUGAUUCCAGAGACCGAUUGAAUGACAGAGACCGCAUUGAACGCAUGAAUGAUUGUAGGAUCAGUGACCGAAUGAACGAAACGAGGUUAAGUGAGAGAAUGAAUGAUUCUAGAGAUAGGUUGAAUGAAGGAAGGGUAUGUGAGCGUGAACGAAUGGAGAGGUUAAAUGAUUCACGUAUAAGCGACAGAAUGAAUGAGACAAGGAUGAGUGAACGAAUGAACGAAACGAGAAAGAAUGAACGAAUGAACGAUUCCAGAGACAGAUUAAAUGACUCGCGGAACUGUGAGGUAAUUGAUCCGAGAAUAGAAAGAAUGAACGAUUCUAGAAUCAGCGACCGAAUAAAUGAUUCUCGAAUCAGCGACCGAAUGAACGAAACUAGACUAAGUGAACGUAUUAACGAUUCGCGUGUCUGCGAGCGGAUGAACGAAGCAAGAAUGGAACGAAUGAAUGAUUCUAAACUGAGCGACAGGAGUGACACUCGUCACAGUGACCGAAUGAAUGACUCGCGUCUUGAACGAAUGAGUGAGCUAAACUCAAGCAUUCGUAUCGACGGUAGUCCGAAGAUGCGUACACACAUAAGUCCCUUACGUAUACCUAGAUCUAGUCCUAAGAACGUGCCUAAAGAUCAUCCUAGGCAGUCGAGUUCAGAUUCAAACAAGCCAGAUUUCAGGCAAAUAUCGCCUUUGUCUCCUAAUACGGAGGAAUCAUUGUUGUCUGACGAUGAUAGGCCUCAGGAUCAGGUUUAUUCGAAUGACCCUGAGACCUCCAAGUGUUUAGGUCCUGAUUCUCAAUAUGAGCCUGUGAGAGAGACUAAGGAAGAAAUUUUGAAGACCAACCACCAUCAUUGUUAUAGUGAUACAAAUACUAUGGAUUCUGGAUGGCAGAGUGGAUCUGAGAAACAGGUAACUGACUAAUUCAGGAUUUUGAAAAAUGUUUUAGUGUUUUUUUUUUUACUUUAAUGGACAAAAUCCUUCGUAAAGAGAAACUAAUUGCUGGUUUUGCCAACCAUCCCUAACUGCCUCUUAACAUAAAGUUAUUUACCGUGACGUAGCACCUAAACUAACUCCUUACUUGUACUGUUAGGUGUGACUUAAAUGUUGGUGAAAGACAAAAUGUCUUUAAACAUCACCUAUCUUUGCUUAAGAGGCCCUUAAACUUUAGGAGAGGUUGGUAUAAACGGGCAUAAUUUUCUUUAGUGUUAUCCUACGUUAAAUAGUUAUUGUUCAGUAAAAAUAGGUUUUUCAUAUAAAUAUAGUGAUUCGAUUGUCCCUUUGUAAAGUGUUCCGUGUGCUGUGUUUAAUUAAAAGUCAAUUUUAUGACUAAAUCGUUCAUUAUUCAAUCGUUCACUUCAAUGAGAAAGUAGGUUUAAAAUAAUCGUUAUAAAAAAUAUUUUCCCUUGAGCCAAAUUACAUAAUACUAUAAAAUCUUAAUUCUCUAAACUUUUGCAUAAAUAAUUCAUUGAAUGCGUUCAUUUAAUUCGUUCAUUGUCCACCCUUCAUUCACCCUAAUUUUUAUUGAACAUUCAUUCAUUAACCAUUCACUCUUCCAUUCAUUCCGUUCAAUGAAUUAUUUGUGUCAAGAGUAAACUUGCCAAUUUUCCGAAUUUGACAUAAUAUUAUUAAUUUCGAUUUAAUAAUAAAUUAUGUAAAAAUAAUAAUUGUAAUGUAGUCGAUGUGUUUUGAUGCUCUCUAAAAUAUUAAGAUUAUAAUUUAAAAUUUUUAAAAUUGGAUAUAAAUAAAAACGAAUUUGUAGGUCGCGUAGAAAUUUAUUAAUGUGUAAAGAACUUCCUUUAUACAACUACUUAUUAUAAAUUAUUAGAUAUAAGUUGUGAAAAUUCGUAUAUACUUUGAUAAAUAUACUAAAACAUGAUUGAAACCUUUUCUUACAAGAGCGGUUUGUGAAAAAAAUAUUAUCUAAGUCUUUGUCAAAUCAUGUGUUUUCAUAAUAAUUCAUAAUUAGAUGUCGGUCCAUUGAAGCUAUCACCUCGGUUCCUGUGCUAUGAUCCUAUUUUGAUACUUUAAACAACAUGUACGUAGUCUUUACUUUGUUAUACCUUAAUCUAUCCGUCCACCCAUUCUGUUUAUAAAUUCAUUCAUUCAUUAUUUCAUUCACUUACACAAAUUUUAUAUUUAUAAGUCGUAUACUGAAUGGUUGUCGAUUUUUUUAAACGCCACGUUACUUGCCAACUUCUUUUGUAAAUGAGUGAAUGAAAUUGAAUUCAUUCAUUCAUUCGUUCUUUUGAACAUAUUAACUUUAGUGAUUCGUGUAUUUCUUUAUCAUAUACUUAGGCUAUUGAUUUCUGGAUAGCCAAUCUAUAAAAAAGUAUUAUUUUUAUUCAGAAACAUGUUAAUUAACUAAAAAUCGCGGGUUUCUCACGUGAAUAUGUCGCGGAGAACCUAACGGGUUACCGGGGCUCCGGCUCGACCUGCAGGAGUAGGAACGGGGUGGUUUUUAGUCAGUAAGAGUCUGACACUCCCUCCCGCCUCACCCAGGCGGGAGCAGUCAUUCCAUGAUUUUCCCCCCUUAAAAAAACUCACGUGAAUAUACUGAUAACUGCUUAAACUAGUAGAGCUUUUCUCAGUAUAUUCACGCGAGUAACCCGCGAUUUUUAGUUAAUUUAGUAUGUCUCACGAUAGUUAUUAUAAUAACAGAAACAUGUUAAUGUUGCCAUAAGACGAUUCUUUAUUUUAUUUUUAUUAAAAAUCCAUUUUAAGAGCAAUAAUUUCUAUUUUUUUUUGUAAAUAUUUUUAUGAAGUAAUGAAUUAGUUCUAUAAGUAUUUUGUAGAGUAACUUUUUCUGUAUUAUUGUAUACAGGGUGUAGUAAUAUUUUAAUGUGAUUAUUAAAUAGGAUCGUUUAUGUGUCGUAGAAAGAAUGUAUGGAAAUAAAUAAAUAUAAUUAUAAAUUUUCAUGCAUUUUGUUUGUAUGUUUAGAUGUUUGCAUUAAAAUAUUAUUACACUUAUCAGUAGUUGCUAGUGCCACUGUAAUGCCAUUAUGGAAUUGUUUUAAUAUUAUUAUUGUGUAAAAACAGACUGAGCUAAAUUUUAACGUUAUGACAAAAUACUUCAUUAAUUGUUGCUUAUAAUUAUAAUAAUUUGUUACAGUUGCUAUUUAAUUCACGUGUUUUUCAAUAACAUAACA